AUGGACAAGUCUUGGAUUUCAAAAGAUAGGGAUUCUUUAGAAUAUGAAGUGGGGAUUGAAUCUUUCUUGAUAUUUGCUGAAGAAAAUGCUAAGAAUCGUAAUAAAAUCCCUUGCCCCUGUGCAUGUUGUGGGAAUUUUAAGAAGCAUUCUGUUAAAAUAAUUAGAGGUCAUUUAUAUGAAAAAGGAUUUAGUUUGGGGUAUGUUGAUUGGAUAUGGCACGGAGAAAAGUGUCCAACUAGCGAGUCAGCACCAAAGUCUUCUUUUGGUAGUAAUUCAGUCGAAAUUCCUACAUCCGAAAAUGUUGACAUAUGUGAAGCAGCGUAUGAGAGGAGUGAAUAUAUUGAUGAUUCGGGUGAGUUUAGUAGGUUUGUCGCUGAUGCAGAACAACCGUUAUACGAGGGUAGCGACAACAGCAAAUUAGAGUCGAUGUUGAAAUUACAUAAUUGGAAAUCUAGGUUUGGCAUAAGCGAUAGUGCCUUCACCGAUCUUCUUUCUUCUGUAGGGUCUUUACUGCCUAAAGACCAUGUGUUACCCGAGAAUGCGUAUGAAGCAAAAAAAACCCUAACUGAUUUAGGACUUGAGUGUAUUAAGUUUCACGCGUGUCCAAAUGAUUGUAUACUGUACAGGGCUUUAAAUAUUGAUGCGUCGGAGUGCCCCAAGUGCCAUCUGUCUCGUUGGAAGGUUGGAAAGGACGGUAAACCUAGGAUUAAUGUUCCAGCCAAUGUAAUGUGGUAUUUUCCGAUAAUUCCUCGAUUUAAACGGAUGUUUAAAUCUCCUGCCACAGCUGAACUUAUGAGUUGGCAUUCGAACAAGCGAAUUCAAGAUGGCCAAAUGCGUCAUCCAGCCGACUCUCCUUCUUGGAGGAAUAUUGACUAUAGGUGGCCUGAAUUUGGUAGUGAGUCGAGAAACAUUCGCUUAGCAUUAGCUGCUGAUGGAAUAAACCCGCACAACAAUGGCCUUACCAAUAGGUACACUUGCUGGCCAGUAGUUUUGGUAACUUAUAACCUUCCUCCAUGGUUAUGCAUGAAGAGGAAGUUUAUGAUGCUAACUAUACUAGUUUCAGGACCACAUGAACCGGGUAAUAACAUUGACGUGUAUUUGCAACCAAUGAUUGACGAUCUGAAAAAGCUUUGGGAAGAAGGUGAACGGAAUGUAUACGAUGCGUAUACAAAGUCUUAUUUCACAUUAAGAGCUAUUUUAAUGUGGACCAUAAACGACUUUCCAGCGUAUGGGAAUUUAUCAGGCUGUGUGAAUAAAGGUUAUAUGGUGUGUCCAAUUUGUGGAGAUGACACAGUAGCUAAACAUUUAAAAUAUAGCAGAAAACUAUGUUACCAAGGACAUCGAAGAUAUUUGGCACCGCAUCAUCCCUAUAGGAGGAGUAAGGCAGCUUUUAAUGGAGAACAAGACUUUGGAUGCGCACGUCAACCCCAAUCUGGUGAAGAAGUGCUAAGGCUGCAGGAGCAGAUUGAAUUUACAUUUGGGAAGGAGGUGAAAAAAGCAAAAAAAGUGGAUUGUCCAUGGAAGAAGAAGUCAAUUUUCUUCGAGUUGGAGUAUUGGAAAUUUCAUCACGUACGUCAUUGUCUCGAUGUUAUGCACAUUGAAAAAAAUGUGUGUGAUAAUUUAAUCGGGAGAUUGUUGAAUCUUCCAUUCAAGAGUAAAGAUAGCGUGGAAUCUCGUCGUGAUAUGAUUGAAAUGGGUGUGAGGCCUGACCUGGCUCCAGAAGUAGGAGAAAAGCGAACCUACCUCCCCCCUGCCCCUAAUACUUUGUCAAGAGCAGAAAAAAGAACGAUGUUAGGGUCAUUAUCGCAUAUGAAACUUCCUUAUGGCCAUUCAUCGAACAUAAAAAAUUGUGUUUCCAUGUCUGAUUUAAAGAUUUAUGGGUUGAAAUCCCAUGAUUGUCACACCCUUCUCCAGCAGCUUCUCCCGAUUUCAAUUCGUUCGAUUCUUCCAAAAAAUGUUCGAGUCAGCAUAAUCAGACUUUGUUUCUUCUUCAACAGUUUAUGUAAUAAAGUUGUUGAUAUAUCCAAACUCGAUAAGCUACAGUCAGAUUUGGUGUUGACUUUGUGUGAGUUAGAAAAAAUCUUCCCGCCUUCAUUUUUUGAUGUAAUGAUACACUUAACGGUCCACUUGGUUAGAGAAUUACGCUUAUGUGGACCUGUAUUCUAUAGAUGGAUGUUCCCGUUUGAAAGGUUCAACAAAGUGUUGAAGAGUUAUGUUCGGAACCGUUACUAUCCAGAGGGGUGUAUAGCAGAAAGCUACCUAGGAGAAGAGUCGGUUGAGUUUUGCUCAGAAUUUGUUAGGCAAAGCUUCAUGACUGCUGGUCUUCCAAAGGACAAGGGCAAACUUUCUGGGCCAUUAUCGGGUGUAAUGGUAAAGUCUGUGGAUGAGAAAGAAAGAGACGAGGCACAUUUACAUGUCCUGCAGAACAACUCUGAAGUGUAUCCUUAUAUCAUGAAGCAUAAGGAGUUACUAGAACAGCAAUACCAAGGCAAAAAAAAGGGUGUUCAAUGGCUAAUUGGAGAGCACAACCGUUUAUUUGCUAAUUGGUUUCAGAAAAGGGUUAGUACUGAAAUGGUAGAGAAUCCUGAAAAUAUUUCCGAAACAAUUAGAUGGUUGGCAGGCAAACCAUCGUUUUCGGUUUUAAGCUAUGAUGGUUAUUUGAUUGAUGGGGUACGAUACUUCACAAAGGACCGUGAUGAUGCAAGAGUUGUUCAGAAUAGCGGGGUUUCUUUAGUUGCCAGUACAGUACAAGUGUCCAGUGCUAAGGACAUGAAUCCCGUGGCGUGUGAUAUGACAUUCUACGGGAUAAUCGAAGAGAUUUGGGAAUUAGAUUACUAUGCUUUUAAAGCUCCACUUUUCUUAUGUAAAUGGGCAGAUAGUGAGAGAGGUAUCAAAGUUGAUGAUUUAGGCUUCACUCUUGUAGAUUUCAGUCGGCUUGGUCACAAGAACGACAAGUAUGUGUCUGUUGACCACGUGAAACAAGUCUUCUAUAUUGAAGACCCUGUCGAUGCUAGGUGGUCUGUUGCAUUGAACUCUACAAAGGCAGACUAUCAAGAGUUGUACAAUGAUGAUGAUUUGGGAGACACGACUCUUGAAAAUCCUCCAUUCUGCAUAGAUAUUCCUAUGUGCGAUCAUGACGAAGAACCUGCCGAGCCUAGUGUUAGCAAUAAAAGGCAAAAUGUUGAGGGGAUUUGGAUUAAAAAAUGA